AUGGCCUCACGAGGAUAUGAGCGCCCGGAGCGCCACAAUGAAUAUUUCAUUCCCGGGGAUGGCAUCAGCCGAGAAGUGAUUCAGGCCGACAUUUGCAGGUACCUAGGAAAUGACGCACUAGUAAAACCUGGAACCCAUCAAGGUCACCAAGGGUACUUAAUCCGUGCUUACCGGAACCUGACUACUGAAAUGAUCGCCGACCUCAAGGCCGACUCUGCCCGGUGGGCGCAGGAAGUGAAACGAAGAGAUAACAUGGGAUACACAAGAGGUACUUAUGCUCACGAUCUACGUAGGUCUGGGAGCCCUAACACUCCUCCAGUGAGCUACGCCUCAUCAUCAAUCCAUGAACUGCGUCAGAAGAACGAGCCCUCUCCCUCAACUUACAGCGCGACGCCAUCCCAAUUUGUGGAUCCGUACGCCCAACAACCCCAGUAUUCCGCACCACAAGCUCAGCCUUUUGCACAGCCAGCUUAUACAAGUUCACAAUCACCUGGAUUUGGCCAAAAUGCGUAUUCAUCACCCCCUCAGCAGAACCCUUACUCAGCACAAAACCAACCCCCCAUUUCUGCUCCAGAUGGCCACCCAUCGUCUUACACAUACAGUGGAAACCCUGUGUACAGCUACGAUGGGAGAAAUGCGGCACCUCGAUACGCAGGGCCUGGUUACGACAACGAACCUGACUACUCUAAUGUCUCUUCUGGAAUGGCUUAUCCUCCUACCACCGCACCUUCGGAUGCCCGGUUAGUGAUGGACACAAGAUAUACUCCAGACGCUGGAUUUCCGGAGCACAGACAAGGACCCAACCGGCCACAACAAAACAGAGACCCGCACCGAAGGCCUCGUUAA